AUGGCCGUUGGCUGCAAAUUGCACGGCGCCGAAGCCGUGCCGAUACAAUCAGAGCACGUCUAUGCCGGAAUGGAGCAGAGCGAACGGACAGCGCGAGACAAGAGACAGAAACAGACGCAAUCAGACCAAGCGGGGAAAUGGGGAAAUGGGGCAAAGAGCAAACCCGCAAUCAGAUCGAUAUAG